AUGGUCACUAAGUUGAUCAAGUUCAUUGUCCUGAGGCCCAGGGGGAUCCCCCAGAAUUUGGAACUGGAAGUGAAUUGCAGCGAAGUUAUAAAAAAUGUGAAGGAGAAAUUAUUUUGGGAAGACCUGAAAAAGGAGCUGAACGUUCGACUGAUCUACAUGGGGAAAAUCCUGGAUGAGAAGAAAAAGCUGGAGGAUUACUUAAGCCAUUAUUACAAGGAUUUAUUUUUGAAUGGCAAGCCCAGCUCGUCUGGAUACGAAAGUAGGAAGGACGGUUCUGGGGGGGCCAUUGGGAUGAGCAGAGACACGAAUGGGAAAAACGCUGCCGGCUGUUCCAAGGAGAGCUUCCUUAACAUCCCCAUUACGAUUCACGUGAAGAUCACAGAGAAGUCGACCUCCUCCAAGGGUGACCACCUGGACGGCAAGAACAUCAACACGACGCUGGCGCAACUGAGCCUGAUAAUGUUCGUCUCGCUUCUUUGGAUGUAUCGAUACAACUACGCAGAAGCAUUCCCCUUUUUCUCCUCCAUCGUGCUUUGCAUUUUCACCGUUUUGAUUGUGAGUCUUCUUUUUUACACUUAUAUAAUUUUACUUUUUCAAGUCUUGUUUAAGGUGAUGGCGGUAGCGUACCACCUGGUGAAGCAGAGCGCGUUGCGCGUGCUCACUUACAUCAACGAGAGGAAGGCCAAACUGUUUGUGAGGAGAGAAGCGAGGGGAGGAGGCGCUGCCGCUAAGGAGAAUUGA